UACAAGUAAACUUGUCUUGGAAGCCCCCCCCCCGUGAAAAUAUGCACAACAAGGUGAAUGUGUGUCACAGAGCUGACAAGGCAAAUCCAUUGUGCGAUUUCCUUGAACCAAAUAAGGACAAUAGAAAGCCAGAGUUUCAGGACACAUAAGCCACACACACACACACACACACACACACACACACACUCAGACCCUGGAGUUUCCGCCUCUAGGCUACCUUCAUACCUCUAUACCUGAAUACGUCAUCAUGACAUUGUGUUCACCAGUAAUUUAUUAUUAGCUCUUCCAUAAUGUUUGGGAGGUUGCGAGAGAAAACUGAAAGAUCUAACUUGAAGUAGCAGAUGCUGAGAUAUUGUGACUUAAAGUCCCUAAUAUCGGUCAAGCUCCAGAAACACUGGAUCCUACAUUUCCCAUAAUGUUAAACAUUUUAAGUCUCAAGCCCUAGCCGAGAUGACCCCAAUGGCUUCACCAGGGUUAUUUUUUUCCAUACUUUGAAAAGCUCCUACACAGCCACAGAAGACAUCAUGCUGUUUUCACAUGCUGAGAACUGAAUUCCUCGCGUAAAAUUGGAGUACCCCUUUAAUUGACUAAUUAACUGAUUAGAGUAAAUUUGUAGUAUUCAGUUGGUGCCCCAUUCUGUUUUUAGUAGUCAAGCAUAUUGUUUUUUAUUAUAUUCCCAACAAAUCUGAUGUUUACAUAUAUCCAUUUUGCACAUGGAUAGGGAAGUUACUAAAUAAUGAUGCCUGUCCGUAUGGCAUACAUUAGAUUAAGAACAUACAGCAAACACGCACAUGGGCUGAAGGGACCUUUUAGUUCCUUGAAAAUUAGUUCCUGGGACUAAAAGUUCCUGCUACUUUUUACUGUACAGACACUUGCAGAUAUUAUACUACAGUAUAUAUAUUUUGUAGUAUUAUAUUUGGACACAUGUACUGUACAUACCAAAGUAUACACAAGACAAACAAAUUUACAACAAACAGUUGUUGAUUUUUCACAGCAGAUAUUUAGACUUUUUAUAGUAUGAAAAAGUGUCCCACUGACAGUGAGCCAGUGUGCAAAAUACCAGCACACUGAAACUGUAGCAGCCAUCAUACAUUUUAUUAUUUACACCCAUAGAUUGUAUUUAAGACUAGUCACUCUAGCCUGAUUGACAGGUCGCCAUAGUAAUGACUUGUCAAUCAUAGAUAAGGGGAGCUCUGGUCUGUACAGCUGCACCUUCUCUCCUGGGAAUAAAUGUGGAGCAGUUGAUAUACACCCAGCAAGGCACCAUGGGACUGCACGGUAUCUAAGACUUGCUUGUUGGGCCUGAUUAUGUUUGUAUGAGUGAGUAAAGCAGUUUAGAGUCACUAAACUCAAGACGGUGCAGGGUGUGUGCUCGUCACCCUGUGUGGAAAACGGUUUGACACUGUGAGCGUAUGACCAGCUCGGCAGCACUAAUGUGCAAUUUUCACACUGUUUCAGCUGGCUCCUGUAAUAAAUCUUGGGGAUUUGCUUCCUGGGCCAAAGAUAAUCCACAAGGAAGGAAGAUACCUCAGCAGUUACAACAUGCAAUUCCAGCCACAUAUGAGUCAAGGAAUGUUUCCCUCUAAAUCACAAAUUUUAUGAAUAAUUAUUAUAAUUUUUUAUGCACCUCAAAACCACAACAGCUAAUAUACUAUCUAUCUAUGACCUUAGACCUCAUUUCGCCAAAAUUUAAUAACCCACCGAGGAUACAAUGAAUCACACUCUUGUAUCAGAUCACUUACAGGCAAACCAGGAAAAGUAUUUAUAAGUAAAAACAGAACUGUGGCUGCAGAAAGUCCUCGGCUUGCUUAAUUUUAUUUCACAUCAGCAUUUAUUAAAAAAAAGGCUUGCAGGAAGCCCCAGGUCGGGGUAACUGUAAGAAAUCAGAGGCCAGACUCUCUCUUGUUUUGUGUUACUUUUUACAAUGAGAUGCAUGUCUCUGUUCAGAGGCACUGGCUUUUGGUAGCCCUGUGGUUACUGGCUCUUUCUAAACAGUUAGGAUGGGUCAAAUGCAGAGGGCAGGUGUCCCCCCAAGGAUCACCUCAACCUUGAUCGCAGUAGUUAUUUCAACUUUUCCUCAUCAGGGAUUGCAGACGACGCUCAGAGAAAACCAAUGGACCAUGCUCUGGAGUAGAAUUUAGCCCUUUGAAUGUCUUUCAGGAAGGAUUGUCAAAGUGGGUUUGCUGUUAUCCCUUUAUUUGAACGAUUAGUGCGUCACGCUCCUUUCUCUGACGGCAGGAUUUUCACCCAGCCUUGUGGAGUCGUUUGACACAGCUAGCACUUAGGUCUUCAGAUGUGGUUGAGUGAAAGCAUGCUAGAAACUAGAUAAUUUUGAGCCCACUGUCAAGUGUGAAAUGCCCUUUUAAAUCCUAGUGCCAUACAGGUACACUGGUGAAAGCACAAUAUGAUACACCCUUACCGUGCAACUCCAAAAUAUGCAUCUCUUUUUAAAUGAAGUCUCUUUUUAAUGAUUAUCUAAAACACAUUAUAAAGGAUGCACACUAAGAGUUAUUGAAUCCUUCUGUUUCAGCUGUACUUGUGUGCCCUUAGAAUUGAAAAAUAUUAUAUCUGCCUGAGAUAAAGAGUUCUGAGAUACUGAGCUUUAAAGUUCUCAGUAAUCUUUGAGUUGUGGUGGCGGUUUAUGUGAUCCAUCAGUUUUGACAAAAACAUCAGAUAUAGCUUCAAAUACCAAGGUCUCGCAGAGCACUACUACAGAGAAUUGUUUUUGGUUUGUAAUGCAAAAUAACUGAUGUGUUUAGUCUGCUGUUAUUGGGGAGAAAGCAGUGGAGAGAGGGAACCUAGUGUUUAGGAAAGACAUUUUUAGAGUUGUUCUGUUUAGCUAACCUAGGCUACACUGACUUCAAUUUUCCUCCGGCAUUCCUACUCUAUGGGCUGUAAAGGUUUAGUCUCCAGCCCUCCUGCUACAGGUGUUACUCCCUUCCAACAGGGGAUUUGAUUACCAGACGUUAAGCCCUUCUGUUCUCUCCCUAUGUUCCAAGAAGAGCUGACCUUGGCCCAUAGGAAGACGCUUCUGUGUCCAUGAUUAGUCGGAUAUCCUCUCUGAUGCAGUGCAGGUAAAUGAAGGCACCUGGCAGAGGACCUGCAGAGUGUGAACCUACCAUGACAUGUGAGGGAAGCCCUCUGUUGUAUUUACACUGCAGGAGCUGUCACAAGUCCUCAGGUAUCAGCAGUGUCAUGCUAUACAAGUAAAGCCUAUAUAGAGCAGCUCCUCCCAAGGACCUGUAAGCCCAUUUAUCUCUCCAUUCAGGCCAGGAGGGAUUUCCCUCUGGCUCUCUGGUUGAUGUUUGAUUUAUACAGGAUACCCAAAGCUGCAUUUAUAUACAACAUAAGUUGUGUUACCAAAAAAAGUAUGAUUUGAAGUUAUAAGUCAACAAAACCCUGGGAAUCCUUGAGGAAGAUACAAAACACUGCCUUUGUAAGUAGGACAUAAUGAAUAUUGUUGCUACUCUAUUAAUACUGCGAUUGAUUACUAUCCCAAAUUUUCAUUGAUGUUCCUGUAAACAAUGACAGCAUGUAAACAGAUCAUCUCCUGUGAACUGGUAACCUGGUAAUGGUGUUUCCAGAGCUGAGCACACCAUCUAGUGGUCAACUGGGAAUAACUGUGACAGACAUGCAGAUGGCAUUAGGAUCGUGAUUGUGUUUUUUUAUUGUCAUAAACACUCAAAUAAGUUUUAGUAGUAAGCAGCAGCCGUGCAAGUUAUCAAGGUUAACAUUGGUAAGCCUGGUAGCAGCGGGUGUAUCGUAAUACAGGGAUUUGGAUAAAAAAGAUUGGUAUUACCUAAGUAAGUAUAAUAAAAAAGGACUCCACUAAAGUCCUCAACAACCAACUUUAUUCAUCAAAUUCAGUUUACAAGUCAGUUCAUUCUUGAGAGAACUCUUGUAGAAUUUGAUGGACACUGGCAUUUACCAGGCAGGGAAGGUUUAACAAAAGUUGCUGUUGUUUGCAUCAUGGGAAAUGUAGGAUUCAGUGUUUUGGCCUAUAUUAGGGAAUAAAGGUCAGGAUCCAUUUUAAAUUUGACCUUCAAAUUUUUCUAUGUCUCUUGUCAGUCCACCUUUACCAGCAGUAAAAUGUCCCUUACAUUUCAACACUAACAGUAGCCUACUUCCCCUUACUGUAGUGUAGUUUAUAUUAAGAGUUUAUUGUAUAUUUGUGAAACCUUUCUUAAAUUCCUGUUUAUGCAGGCACCAAUUAAAUGGAAGGAAAAGUCCCACUCACCUGAAAAAACGUACUUCGUUACUCACUUCUGGUAUUAACAUUAUAGUAUUUGUAGCCUAAUAGUAGAUUGCAGUGGCGUUUUAUAGUAAUGAUGUUAGGUUAUAGAGGAGCUGUAAUGUUGCAGCUUUGUUAGUAGUAUUGCAAGGAGCAAUAAAAAUGGUCUACACACGGUGAAGUAGGCCGUAUGUGACCACAUAGCUCCGUUGUGAUGCGCAGCCAGAAGAUGGGGUCAUGAACGCAGCAAUGUUGGGUCCGUUGGUUCAUUCGGCUCAUGGUGCGCAGGACAACCGUUUUUCUACCGUGAUCUGAUAUGCAACUGAGUUGACUAGAGCUAUACAAACUCUACAAAUUCUAUCCAAAAUGAUUCCUCAACAACAGCAGCACACUCGAAAUAUUAUAUUACAGGGUAUAAAAUUCAAAUGAAAAUCUUCGAUUGUGAGGAUUUUAUUUUGAAAGUUUUAGUAGGCCUAUGGGGUAGGCGGGUGUGUGCACUUGGCAUCUCCAAGCGUUUGCGCUGUAGACGCACAUCUGGAGAGCGUGUUCCCUCUGAAUUUGAAACAAGCUGCCUCCUCCUCCAGCACGCGGACUAAAUAGACAGUGUUCAGGUGAGUCCACUUACCGACCGGUUAUCAGUCAUAUUUCACUCACCGGAUGUGUCAGCGUUCCAGAAACAGCGUGAAGUAACCUAACCCAUCGCCGUUGGAUUGAACAGCCCGGUCCCGGCAGUUCCAACAGCUGGAUGACGGCUGGAAACAUCUGCAACGUCUGUUCCGUAGUGCGUAAAAUGAAGCAGCAGCAGAAUGGCUUUGCGCCGCUUGUCCAGGGUGAAACAUCCUGAGAAUGAAGUAAAUCAGUCUGUAUGCAUCACAGGCUGGUGGGACGGGACAGUAGAUAGGAAGCCUCUGUCUUGAUUUCGAAUUGCAAACUCGUGCAGGAUUACCCGAGAAGAUUGAAACAGGAAUGAAUCACAUGCAUUUUUCUUCUGAGGAUUUGGGUUCUCUCCCUCCAAGACCACCGACUUUACCUGCAGCUGCUCCAAAGAGACGCUUUGUCAAGCUGGGAAGGAAGACAAGUGAUGGCUCUCAGCAAUCCGCCUCAUCCACUGGCAGUUCAUCCACCGGCAGAUCAGCCGAGGGUGUGGCCGUCAGGCACCCCAGCAAGAGCCGCAUCCGCCGCCAUACCAACCGCCUCUCAGGUGUCUUCCUCCGCGGCCCCGCUUCCAACUCAGGCUCCAUGGCGCUGACAGCAGGCAUCAGGUCCUCACUGUCCGUCCAAGCCAGGAAGGGAAGCAUGAUCUCUGUAGAUGCUUUAAAUGCGGACGACCCAUCUGAGCUGUCCAAUCAGAUAACCGCUCCAGGAAUCCUGAAGAUCUUUGGAAAUGAAAUCUGUGAGGGAGCUCACUAUAAGAGCGUCCUGGCGACCACACACUCUAGUGCAAAAGAACUAGUCAAAGAGGCCCUUGAACGGUAUGGCCUGGGCAAGGAGGAGGCGGAGUCCUACGUCCUCUGUGACACCAUUGGCUCCAUUGGCAACCAUCAGUGGAGAACAGAGGGAUUCAGAGUCGUGGGCAACAAUGAGAAGCCCCUCCUCCUGCAGUCACUAUGGAAACCCAGAGAAGGCCUGGCGAGACGUUUCGAAAUCCAGAGGAGAAGCUCUGUGGAGGAGAAGACGUCCAAAGACAAAGACACCAUUACUGCUGGUAUCAACGCCCAGGCUAGAAAGCUGCAGAAGAGCCGCUCCAGAGUGACCUCCACCCUCAUUGAGAAGACCAUGGGGCGAAGCCACAAACUGUGGAGGAGCAAAAGUGAGAUGGACCUCUUAGAUUCUGAUACAGAGACGCAGGACGCAGAUCAUGAGAAACGUCAGAAGGAUCGAAGCGAGAGCCUGAAUCAAACUUCAGUGCAGAGUUACGAGCGCCCAAAAUCAAGCCCAGAACAGAAUCACAUUCACAGCCUCACAAAUCCCUCCAAGGGGGGCGGUGGGUCGCAGGCCAAAACAGAGACCCUCUGUCAUUCGAGGCUGAGAGGCGAGAGGGAAGGAGAAGAGUCAGAGAGGGAGGAGACGGAGAGCAGCGACGAUAACACCACACAGUACUCCAUUCACCCUCCUCACGACUGUCCAUACCUGCUGUUGCUGCAGGGCUGCAGCCUCACACAGGACUUUGUCAUCUAUCUACUAGCUGGGCCAAACAUUAUCUUUGGUCAGCAAAGUGAUCACGAAGACGGGUCAAAGCCUGACAUCUUUCUCUUUGCCGCUGACAUCCUUCCGAAACACUGCUAUUUCCGUCGCAAUAGUGUUGGCAGCCCCACCACGCUCUGUCCUUGUCAGGACGCCGUGGUCACGAGGAAUGGUGAAGUUCUGAGAAAAGAAGUGCAGCUCAACCCUGGUGAUGUCAUUGGACUGGGACAGCGCUACCUCUUUCUUUUCAAGGAUCCCUUAGCUUUAUCCCACAAGGAAGUGAACAGCGCUGCUCCUGAGCCCAGUGUGACUGCUGUCCCCUGGAUGCUGGGUCACACCACUUCUGCCACUACAACAAGCCAUACUAGAGAAAUGAUCAUCUGCAACACCUGCAUCACAACCUGCACUGAGCUGCAGAGCUCCAGCAGUGAACAGUCGCUGAGCAGAGGCCUUCCCUUUUUAAACUCACCUGAAGGCCGCAGUCUGACUCUGAAAUAUGCGAGCGAGGAUGAAGAUCGCAUUGUCAAGGAAAUAGUUGCUAUGGGAGGCAGCAGCGUCAAAGACAGACCACCACUGACUGUUGCAUUUUUGCUGUGUCUGUGUGUUCAGUAUUCGGCCUCAUGUCUUCAUACCUCAGACCUGCGCAGGCUGCUGUUGCGCAUUGCAAGUGGAGUUCAGAGUGCCAUGUGGGAGCACACUAAGGACCUAGCUGCAGUUCAGCCUGAAGUCCUCAGUGGUGAAGGCUCAAACUCAAAGGACCCCAAGGCUCUCAGUCUGCACGAGGUGAUCUCAGGACUGUGCCCCCUGGUGGUAUGGAUGUCCAACUGUCUGGAGCUGCUACAGUUUAUCCAGUAUCAGUUGCCUCUUAUUUUGGAGUGGAGAACCCGAAAAGAACAGGGGAAGGAAGACGAAGACGAAAGAGAAGAAGGGGAGAACAAGGAGGUGGAGAACUUGGAUAUAUGCGUCCUAUUGGAGUUACGUCUGUCCUGUGUCCGUUCAGCCAGUGAGGAGACGAUGGCUGUCCUGGAGGAGGUCAUCAUGCUCGCCUUCCAGCAGUGUGUGUACUACAUCACCAAGGUCCUGUACCCCGUCCUGCCGGGCCUUCUGGACUGCAACCCUUUUAGGGAGAGUGCUGACGUGCAGGUGAAUGGCGAGAGUGCCCGGGUCCUGGAUAGCAGUGGACUGCAGAUCCCUGGUGAGAUCCAGCAUCUCGUGGAGGUUCUGACCGAGACCCGGAGACUACUGUCGGAUUUUCAGGUCCACCCGGAGAUUUCGUCACAGCUCAUUGGCUACCUCUUCUACUUCAUCAACGCAUCACUCUUCAACUCACUUAUGGAAAGAGGCUCUGAGCCAGGUUUCUACCAGUGGUCCAGAGGCGUACGCAUGCGGGCCAAUCUUGACAUGCUCCUGGACUGGGCCCACGCGGCUGGACUUGGGGGACUGGCCUUGGAGCACACGCACAAUCUCUCGUCGGCUAUCAAUCUGCUGGCUACACCCAGAAAGAAUUUACUGCAGACAUCUUGGGUGUCCUUGCGGUCUGACUACCCUGCCCUGAGUCCUGCCCAGCUGUACCACCUGCUGAGUCUUUACAGCCCAGCGUCUCCCUGCAGACACACCUGGAAUCCAUCUGUUCAUGACCAGGCUGCGGCUCACAAAACAGCUGAUAUCCUGGAGAGUUUUGACACCCACCAUCCUCUGGUGCUUCCAGAUGUGGGUUACCAGUUCCAACUGGGAAGGGAGGUAAAAGAUUCUGCCCUGAGGGAAGAGCUGGACAAGCUGAAAGAGCUAAUUUCCACCAAUUCUGACUCAGUGUCUGAUAAGGUUGGAACCAUUCAAAAGGAGGCUCAACUGACUAAGAUGGAUCUCCUUUCAAAAGCCAGUCUGGAAACAUUACCUCCAUCACCCCCAUCACCACCCACUCCUUCAUCCACCCAGUACCUGUAUGAGCUCAGCUCCUGUGGCACCCUUUUGUCUCAGAAGCUAAGAAAUUUGGAGUUGCAGACCGGAGAGAGUGAGAACAGUGAGGUAAGGUGGUCUACUCUGGACCCCUCCUGUCUCCUCACCCCACCCAACACCCCCCACAUCAUAGAUCCUGCUGAUUUGGGGAAGGCAUACAAGAAUGAAGAGAUAAAGGGUGACAGUGAGACACUUCGCCGGUCCUCUGAUGUAGAUGCACAUGAUGAAGGUGGAUUAGUGUUUGAAUGUCUGGCUGCACUGAAAGUAGACCGUUUGAAAUCUGAUUGCCGCAGUAUGAAAAGAUUUAUUGAGCUAAAAGAGGAAGAGGAGGAGGAGGAAGAGGCGGAUGACCAUUAUGAUGACAGUAACGAUGAGGUUUUUAGCUUGGAGUUGGAGCGAGGUGAAAGAGGACUUGGUCUUGCUUUGGUGGACACAAGGGACACUUCCUUGAGGGUGAAAGGCAUCUUCAUCCGUGCCGUGGUCCCAGACUCCCCCGCAGCGCGAUGUGAGAAGCUGGUACCAGGAGACAGGAUCCUGGCUGUUAACGGAGUCAGUCUGCUUGGACUGGACUACAACAGUGGAAAGGAGCUGAUCCAGUCAUCAGGUGACAGACUGAGGUUACUGGUGGCCAGAUCUGACUGGAUGGCUAAGGCUAGACAGACUGAAUGCUGACAGCAAUUUUCUUUUUUCAAACCAAGACUGUUAAUGCACCAUAAGCGCACUUAAAGAUGGCCAUAAGAGCUUGUUGAACAUUCAGUUUCAGGACAUAGACCUUAAUAAAAGGUUAAGAAGACAAACAUGCACUAUGAAAUAAACUAUGUCCUGCUUGAAUUGAGUACCAGGUUUAAACUGCUCAGUGUAGUUUUGCAGUUUUUAAAUUUACAUUGUAAUAGCAUGAUAUUACUGAUGUGUGUAUGUGAUCAUUUCAUUGCAAGCAGUUUAUUUAAACUCUUACGCCAGUGGAAGAAGAAUACUUAUAUUGACCAUUCCAUAGCCUCUGUACGGUCACUGUCUCUCAGUUACACUUCUGCUUCACUAAUCAAAAUUGAGUCCAGAGAAGAAAGGCUUCCCACAGUAAAGUUGGUCUGAUAGCAGUCUGCUGUUGGAAUUACAUUAUUACAACGCUACCAUUUGUCAUUUGAAUGUAGAAAAAUAACAAGCACCAUCUAAGGUGCAAUAUCAUUGCCAUUCUUUAGUUUAUUGAUUCGACUGGAUAAAAUGAUUGGAUAUACGACGGUUGUUUAACAUUGUAAAAAACACUUUUUUUUUUCCUUUCGGCUAGGGCUCAGAUUUUAUUACUGUUGCUGUAUUUUUUUUCUUUUUUUUGCAAAUGACCCAUUUUCAUGGUUAGCUCGUGUCUGUUGUGUUUCAGCAAUAAAUACAUUUUAAUUCU